ACUUCUCGACUGCUCGGGGAGCAACGUGGUGAUCUGGAACGUCGUCUCCUGGACAAAAGUUAUAGCCUUUGCCCAGUAGUGGUCCUCAUGUUCAUACGUCAUCCCAUCCUCGGUGGUCCGUCUCUCGUAUAACACUGAUCCUCGUCUCCUUGGUUAAUACAGAUCUACAUAAUUGUCUACAGUGCGUUUCACUCGCACUGUACGUUUCUUGUUCCAUCCUUUAUUUCCCGUACACCCUUUACUCGCUCACUCUCUCUCCCACUCUCUGUCAAUCUUUCAUCCCCUCUCUCUUCGAGGGGCGGCAAUUUGAAAAAGUAUCUGUGAUUGAAACUCCAUUACAGUCGCACUGCCACCGGUGACCACUAGUAUGCGCUUUGACUUGGCAGCGCGAUGAAGUCGCGAACGGUGUAAACAGAAAGUUUUUUUGGAAAUAAUUUUUUGGACUGUUUUUCUUUUUCGAUCCCAAAAUUAUCAAGUGCGCGUUAUAUCGAUCGGUGAUACGAGAUGACUGAUCUUGCGCAGUCUGUGUGGUACUUGUGAUCUUGGUUCGAUUCAGUUACGGAAAUUAAGUGGACAAGGAUUUUAUUUUUCGAAAAUAAAAAUGAGACACAGGAUGAGCUAUUCGGUGGUUAAAAGAACUUUUGGGAUCCUGGUGAUCCUUUGUUGCUGUGAGGGACUCGGAUAUGGACUUCUCUUGGAAGAAGAAAAGAAAACGACUAAUUCAACUACCGAGGUCGGCAAGCACGUCGUGUUGAACUGUGACCUCGACUUUCCACAUGACAUACCGAUACCUUAUAUACUUCAUUGGAAUCGAGAUGGCCGUACAAUUUUCUCCUGGUACGACGGCGUGUUUUCCUCUGCUGACGAUUAUUCAGGAAGGAUUCAUCUACUGACUGACGGCGGCGGUCAAAGUUAUGGUCAGGGCAGUAUCAAUCUGACUAAUAUCCGAGAGAGUGAUGAGGGUUGGUACGAGUGUCGUGUAAUAUUUCCAAAUAGAACGCCAAGUUCUAGGAACAAUGGAACUUGGUCCCAUCUGACGGUAGACGGUGCGUCGGCGCCGUUUGUUCCAGGAGGCAAUCUUCUUGCGGUACCACCGGUCAACAAAACAGCAAUGGAGGGUGAACCGGUACAAUUUGAAUGCAUCACGAAAAAUCCGUACAGCAUCGUCACCUGGCUGCGCGACGGGUUGGACGUCUCUGACUUAAAGGAUCUCAGAGACAGAAUUUCCGUCGGUGACGAUGGGAGUUUGACGAUAACAUCAGCUGCGAUGGGCGACCUUGGAGAGUACACGUGUAUGGUCAGCAACGAAAAUGGCGAACGACAAAACGCUUCAGCAUUUCUGAACGUUCAGUACAAGGCCAAGGUCAUCUACGCUCCGAAGGAGGUCUACCUUCCGUAUGGAAGGUCUGCAUUGUUAGACUGUCACUUCCGGGCCAAUCCACCCUUGACUAAUCUAAGAUGGGAGAAAGAUGGCUUCCUCUUCGAUCCUUACAACGUUCCCGGUGUCUUCUAUAGGCGCAACGGGUCUCUGUACUUCAGCAAGGUCGAUGAGACCCAUUCUGGAAGCUAUAGCUGCACUCCGUACAAUAUCUUGGGGACCCAAGGGCCCAGUCCCUCCAUAGCAGUGAUCGUUCAGAAGCCACCAGUCUUCACGGUGACACCUCAGCAAUUGUAUAUGAGGAAGCUGGGCGAGACCUUAGAAAUCCCAUGUGACGCCAAGGACGGCGAUCAGUCCCACAGACCCACCAUCACGUGGUACAAGAAGGACGGACAGCCACUUCCGCCUAAUCGCACUGCUAUAAGUGGUGGUAAUCUGACCAUUGAAAGAAUCCAGGAACAGGAUAGGGGUAUUUAUCAGUGCAGUGCCAGUAACGAAGCUGCAACCGUUGUGGCUGAUGCUGAACUGAUGGUUCUUAAUGCACCACCCAGAGCACCUUAUAAUCUUAAUGCUAACAGUACCAAGAAUACUGUUACCUUGACCUGGAUGCCAGGAUACGUCAGGCCCAAAAUGGAGUACUCUGUUUGGUAUAGACCCACUGAUACCUCUGAAUGGAGAACCAUGAAAAUCCUGUCGCGCAAAAUUACUGAGGCCACAAUCAACAAUUUGACGCCUGGAAGAGAGUACGAGUUCAUGAUACUGAGUCAGGAUAAAAAUGGCGAUGGAAUGUUCAGUAAAUCAUUGAGGAUAUUUACUAAACCAAGCGAUAUAGAUCAAAAUUCAGCAUCGGAAUUUCGCAGUCCAAAAGCAUCUGAAUCGAUGGGACACCCGCAAAACGUAAGAGUACAAACCACUGUGGAGGGAUACCUGGUCACGUGGGAUCCACCAUCAUAUGGAAGCGAAUCUGUCAGAGUUUACAUAGUGAGAUGGUUCCGUGGUCCGGCAGAGCAUUUAUAUGGCAGAGCAGAAACGACAGACACGUAUUAUCUUGUGAAAAGUCUCGAGGAAGAGAGUUACUACAUUUUUGAAGUGGUGGCCAUGUCAUUUUCCGACGACGAAGCAACCAGUGAACGCGUCACUCUGGAAGUUCCAGCAUAUCGAAAAAAUCGCGCCAUCUCUAUGGGAAUUAUCGCUGGAAUUGGAUUUCUGGCCGCUGCGUUAGCUGCAAUCUGGUGGGCGCGAAAAAGAUUUUGUCAUUCGCCAUCCGGGGAGAAAUAGUCAUAUUAAUCUUCUUAAUGAAAUAAACAUAGAAUGAUAGUUA